UGUCUCAUUUUCGCGGCGCAUAACAAAACACUGCCUCUUCCAGACUCCGAUCGCACGCGCCGUCACCAUGGUGAACGUUCCAAAGACGAAGAAGACAUACUGCAAGAGUAAGGAAUGCAGAAAACACACACUGCACAAAGUUACUCAAUACAAGAAGGGUAAGGACAGCAUUGCUGCCCAAGGAAAACGACGUUAUGAUCGCAAACAGUCCGGUUAUGGUGGUCAAACCAAGCCUGUCUUCCACAAGAAAGCUAAAACCACCAAGAAGAUUGUUCUGAGGUUGCAAUGCCAGGGUUGCAAGCAUGUCUCCCAACAUCCUAUUAAGAGGUGCAAGCAUUUUGAGAUUGGCGGAGACAAGAAGGGCAAGGGAACCUCUCUGUUCUAGGUGGAGAAUUAGAUUUUUGCAGUUUUUCUGUUUCUGAAAUGUUGGUUUGUUUUGUUUCACUAUGGAUUUGUGUUAGUUAUGUUUUACUAUUUGCAAUACAUUUUGUUGAGAAAUGAAAACUAUUGCUAAUAUCAGUGACUGCCUGUUUCCUUU